CGGAGUGGGGAAGGCAAAGCCCUCUGCACGCGCUCAGAGAUGCUGCCUUCGUGGGCCGUCCGGAGCUGCUUCCUGCUGUGCUGCCGAGAUUGAGGCGCACACCCUCCAGCCGGGGCCAAUGGGAGGCGCUGGGUUGGGCGCGUCACGCGGGAUCCGGUGGGGAGGAUGGCAUCGCCGGCGAAGCUGCAGACGCUACUUUGUUCCAGCGCCGGAUAGCCGAGCAGCGGGGCCGCCCAUCGUGCAGCCGCGUCCCGCGCCGUCCUUGAUCCCCCCGCACCCCGUCUCGGGGCUCCGCGGCCCCCGGUGUCCAGGCACCAUGAUCGCCUCCCACUUGCUGGCUUACUUUUUCACCGAGCUCAACCACAACCAAGCGCAGCGGAUUGACAAGUACCUCUAUCACAUGCGGCUUUCAGAUGAGACCCUCCAGGAGAUCUCCAAUCGGUUCCGGAAAGACAUGGAGAAGGGCCUUGGGAAAGAUACCAACCCUACAGCCUCUGUGAAAAUGUUGCCUACGUUUGUGAGGUCCACCCCUGAUGGAACAGAGGAAGGCGAUUUCUUGGCCUUAGACCUUGGUGGCACAAACUUCCGGGUGCUGAGAGUCAAGGUUGCUGAUAAUGGCAGCAAGAAAGUAGAAAUUGAGAACCAGAUCUAUGCGAUUCCAGAAGAUCUGAAGAGGGGAAGUGGAGUGCAGCUCUUUGACCACAUCGCCGAAUGUUUAUCUAAUUUCCUGGAACAGCUGCAGAUGAGGGAUCAGAAACUACCUCUGGGCUUCACCUUCUCCUUUCCUUGCCGCCAGACCAAACUGGACGAGAGCAUCCUUGUUACAUGGACCAAAGGAUUUAAGUGCAGCGGCAUGGAAGGGCGGGAUGUGGUGUCCCUGCUACGGGAAGCCAUAAAAAGACGAGGGGACUUUGAUAUCGAUGUUGUUGCUGUGGUGAAUGACACCGUUGGAACGAUGAUGACCUGUGGCUACGAUGAUCACAACUGUGAAGUUGGACUUAUUGUCGGUACUGGUUCCAAUGCUUGUUACAUGGAGGACAUGCGCCACAUUGACUUAGUGGAUGGCGAUGAGGGGCGCAUGUGCAUCAACAUGGAGUGGGGAGCCUUUGGAGACGAUGGGGCCUUGAAUGAUAUCAGGACCGAGUUUGACCAGGAUAUUGACAUGGGCUCGCUGAACCCGGGAAAGCAACUGUUUGAGAAAAUGAUCAGCGGCAUGUACAUGGGCGAACUGGUCAGGCUCAUCCUGGUGAAGAUGGCCAAGGAAAAGCUUCUCUUCAGUGGAAGGCUCACCUCAGACUUGUUGACGACGGGACACUUUGAGACCAGAGAUGUGUCUGCCAUUGAAAAGGAGAACGGAGGCCUGCUGAAAGCCCAGGAGAUCCUGACCAAGCUGGGCCUGGAGCCGUCCCACGAAGAUUGUGUGGCCACCCAGCGUGUCUGCGAGAUUGUCUCCACCCGCUCGGCCAACCUCUGUGGCACUGCCCUGGCCGCUGUGCUGCGCCGCAUCAAGGAGAACAAGGGAGUAGAGAGGCUGCACUCCACCGUUGGGGUGGAUGGGACUGUGUACAAGAAGCACCCUCAUUUUGCCCGUCGCCUUCAGAAGAUGGUGCGUCGCCUCCUGCCUGAUUGUGACAUCAGAUUCAUCCGGUCCGAGGACGGGAGUGGCAAAGGGGCUGCCAUGGUCACUGCGGUGGCUUAUCGGCUAAAAGCCCAAGCCAAAGCCCGUCAGGACAUCUUGGAACCUCUGAGGCUCAGCCAUGCGCAGCUGUUGGAGGUGAAGAAGAGGAUGAGGGAGGAGAUGGAGCGGGGCUUGUCCCAAGAGACCCACAGCGAGGCCACCGUGAAGAUGCUGCCCACUUACGUCUGCUCCACUCCAGAUGGGACAGAAAAGGGAGAGUUCCUGGCCUUGGAUCUCGGGGGCACAAACUUCCGUGUGCUGCUUGUGCGUAUACGAAAUGGGAUGCGGCGAAGUGUGGAGGUGCACAACAAGAUCUACUCGAUCCCCCAGGAGGCCAUGCAGGGGCCAGGAGACGAACUCUUUGAUCACAUUGUCCACUGCAUUGCUGACUUCUUGGAGUACAUGGGGAUGAAGGGGGUGUCGCUUCCCCUCGGAUUCACCUUCUCUUUCCCUUGCCAGCAGAUCAGCCUGGAUAAGGGGAUUCUGUUGAAAUGGACCAAAGGUUUCAGUGCUUCUGGGUGUGAAGGUAAAGAUGUGGUUGGCUUGCUGAAAGAGGCCAUUCACCGGAGAGAGGAGUUUGACCUGGAUGUGGUCGCCUUGGUGAAUGACACUGUGGGCACUAUGAUGACUUGUGGGUACGAAGACCCUUCUUGCGAAGUGGGGCUCAUUGUUGGGACGGGCACGAAUGUCUGCUACAUGGAGGAGAUGAAGAACAUAGAGCUGGUGAAGGGCGGCGAGGGCAGGAUGUCCGUUAACAUGGAGUGGGGGGCCUUUGGCGACAGUGGCUGCUUGGAUGAUUUUCGGACGGAGUUUGAUGUUGCGGUGGAUGAGCAUUCUCUCAACCCUGGGAAGCAAACGUUCGAGAAAAUGAUCAGCGGCAUGUACUUGGGCGAGAUCGUCCAGAAUAUCCUGAUCAAUUUCACCAAGCGAGGGCUGCUCUUCCGCGGACGCAUCUCGGAGAGGCUUAAAAAAAAAGGAAUCUUUGAGACAAAGUUUUUGUCUCAGAUUGAGAGUGACCGCCUUGCCUUGCUGCAAGUCCGUUCCAUCCUCCAGCAGCUUGGCCUAGAGAGCACGUGUGAUGACAGCAUAAUAGUGAAAGAAGUCUGCAUUGAGAUAGCUCAGCGUGCUGCUCGGCUCUGUGGGGCAGGAAUGGCUGCUGUGGUAGACAAAAUCCGGGAGAACCGUGGCCUGGACUUCCUCAAGGUCACCGUCGGCGUGGACGGGACCCUCUACAAAUUCCAUCCUCACUUCUCCACAGUCAUGCACGAGACAGUGAAGCUGCUUUCGCCCAAGUGUGAGGUGACCUUCCUCCAGUCUGAAGAUGGCAGCGGCAAGGGUGCAGCGCUCAUUGCUGCCGUGGCGUGCCGGAUCCGGGAGGCAGGCCAGCACUAAACGGAUGGGGCACCAGAGCCGGGUCCAGCCAACCCACAGCCAUGCAUAUCCCUUGCUCUUCCUGAGCCUCCUCAUCACCACUGGCCAAAUCCCCGCUUUGCUUUUUCUCUGACGGUGCCACUCCUGAGACCCAAGGCCUUGUGUCUCCUGGACCAGAAGUAUUCCUUGAACUCCUCUGCACGCUAUGCACGCGCAUAUCAAGUGAAGCCUCAAGUGGUGUUUGAGUGUCUCUCUCUCGCAUGCAGUAUUGGGGCCAGAUGGCCUCCUCCACCACCCCAAUCUGUGUCUUCUGUAGAAAAGGUGAGCAGCUAAGAGACCUGCAUUGCCACGUUGCAGCCAGUGGUACCGGUCUUCCUUAUCCGUGCCUGAACUUUAGGAUCAGCGUAAGAAGAAGCCAAUCCUCUCUGAAUAUUGGGCUGAAAUAUGAAAUGGAAUAUUGGGAUGAAAUAUUUCUGUUCCAAAAAAAGCCACAGCCCCUCUUUAUUUAAAAAAGCACAGGGUAGACCUGGACCGGAAUGUCUGUGAAAGGAUAUCAAGUUUCCGUACAAGGAGUUCGGGAGCAUCCUGCCAUUAAAAAUACCUAUAUUAAGGUGGCUCAUUAAGUGCCUGGGAAUAUUUGGUGUCUUGUGGUAGAGUCCUGUAUUCCAGCUGGCCCCUUCCCCAUUAGAUUUAGGUCUUUGUUGAUGGUGUGAGGGGGGGCCUGUGCAUCUGGGUGUUUGGCGGCUUGUGUUGUGUUUCCUCUGCCCUCUGUUGCUUCUGUAAAUAGAACUAUCACCAAACAGAAGCCUGUUUACUCCUCCCUGUCCCCCCCCCCCAAAAAAAAGUUUUGCAAUGCACUAUAUUUUUAUCUGGGUUUGGGGGAUAAUUUAAUAUUUUAUCUCUGAAAAUAGCACCUUCACCUUACCUCGCAACUGGCUUGAUGCUUUAUAGCAAACGUCUUGCAAACUGUGUGUCUCUGUCUGUAUAUAGUAUUGAAAAGAAAAACAGAUCUUGUCUGUGUAAUAGUGAAGAGUGUUUCAGGAAGAAAAAGGACUUUUGUAAAAUGAAAAUGUUUCUGGGAAUGGGGGUGGGGUUUUUUGGUGGGGGAACAAUAGGACAAAAAACUCCCAAGAAGAAAUAUUCAACAGAGUUGAUCAUUUAGGGACUGAUCAGUGGAAUCUGUGAAUGGGAAGGCUGUGUGCUAGCGAAAGGGGGGAACUGGCUACGUUCUCAUCACCACUGCUGGAAUUUGCCACUUGCGCACACCACUUUGGGCGCAGUCCUCCAAACACUGUUGCUGUGCAGCCUUUGGUCUUUUCCAGAGCAUCUGUGCAGGAACCUUGCGCAAGCUCUGUUGCAAUGAAUAGAGGCUGUGCAGCUGUGAUGUUUCGACUAGCUGCUUACUCUUAAUCAGUGAAAGUCCUGCUAGCAUCAGGGGAAGAGGGUAAGGCCUGAAGAUGUCUUGGAAGGGUAACACUGAAUCAUUGCAAAAUGAAACACAGUUUCUGUGUGGAAAUUCCUCUGCUAUCUGCAGGUCUGUUUCACUUUGGGCCGUAUAUGUUUCAGACUUGAGUUUUAAUCAACUAGAAUUUUGAUUUCUAGUUUCUGGAAGAUCAAGGUCUGGGCCUAGUUAUUUUCUUCCCAGCCUCUGCUACUGUGGAAAUUCAGGGAUAUACACAAUCUAAGCAUGCUAGGAGUCCACAGUGGCCAAGUUUCACCUUGUAGCCAUAGAGAUGGCUCCACGCUAUAUUUACUCCAAACUUCGUUUUAACAUUCUGUCUCUCUCUUUUUCCAAAUCUAUCUUAAUUAGCAGCUUCGAAGGCCAUUACUAAACCCUUUUGUUUUGCUUCCAAUUGCUCAUCAAUUUGUUUGGUUGUUAAAAGGAAAUAUAUGAUGUUCUAAUGGAAAAUUGCUGCACUGGGAGAACAUGUGGUUCCUGAACUGCUAACCAGUUAGUUUCUAUUAAAAUAAAGAACAAAUAUUUUUGGUAUCUA